GUAGUUAGCAGCAAAAGAACUCAUAAAAGAAGAAGAGGAAAAAGUGAAAAGAGGAGAAAAAAAGUAAUCGUCGCCUCCACCUUCUUCCCCUCUCCCUCGAACUGCCGCUGAUCCUCCCCUUUUCCCUAAUCUUCUUCUCCGGCGACACUCCAGCAGCCACAGGCGUUAGGCAGUGACGACGGUAGCCCACAUCCACGGUGGUCCACGUUCACCCACGAAUCUGACUUGCUUUGUCAGCCCGACGUCCAACGGCUUUGCCUAGUCUCUCGUGGUAUCGUAUUUUCUCCAUUUGUGCAUCACGUUCUGACGACUGCGCGUCUUUUGCAACAAAGUUUUUGACUUGGGGGUCUGUAAGAAGGAAGAAAGAAGGCCAAAAUGGAUGCUCAAGCCAAGAGAAAGGCAUUGUUUCGUGCUAAAUUGAACGCCCAAAAGAAGGAUAAGCGCAUUGAUUCUCCUCUCGUCAGGUACAAUGAAUUGGACCAACCUGUCUGUAGGGUUUGCGACAUGGUCUUGAAAUCAGAAGCUUACUGGGAUGCCCACCAAUCUUCUCGCAGACAUCAUGAGGCAAUACAAAAUCUCAAAGCCAGUGCAGCAGGCAGGUCUGGAGUUGAAAAUAUUAAAGCUGAGGCCCCUGCUGAACUCCCUAACAACAGACCAAUAGAUUCAAAAGAGAAGAAAGAAAUGACUGGGGGAACAUCGUCAGAGUUACCAAAACGUCCGUCAUCGUCUGUGCUUCCUUCAGAUUUUUUCGACCAGAAUGCCAAAAGGCUUAAAACUGGAAAGGAUAUUGAAACUGAUUCACGUAGUGGUAGCAUUGCACAGUCACAGGUGAUUCCAAAGGCCAGUGACCUUAAUAAGAAAUCUUCUAUGAAUGCUGGUUCAGAGGGGAAGCAAAUAAAGGGAGCUCUGCCCGAAGGUUUCUUUGAUGACAAAGAGGCUGAUUUGCGUGCACAUGGGAUAAAACUUGUUAAGCCUGAUGUCAAAGAUGAAUACAAGGAAUUUGAAAAGUUGAUCCAAGAAGAUUUGCAAGAGGUGGAUGACCGUUUGGAAGAGGAGGAGAUCGAUGCUGCCGAAAUGAUAGAGGAGGCUGAAACCUUAGAACAGAAGGCCUACAGGGAGAGAGUAGAAUUGUUGAAGAGGAAGAAAAUUGAGUUAAAGUCCAAAAAAUCAGCAGAACAAAGUAGAGCCGAGCCCCAAAUUCCUACUAAAGAUUCUCAAGUUGACUACUCCUCGAGUGAUGAUGAUGAUAGUGACACAAAUUAUACAGUAGAUUGGAGAGCUCAACACUUAUGAUAUUAAUUCGAUUACAAAUUAUACAGUACAUUGUGAUGAUACUAAGGAUUCUCAAGUUGACAACUCUUCAAGUGAUGAUGAUGACUGUGACAAAUUAUGCCAUUGAUUGGAGAGCUCAACACUUUUUGAUAGAUAUUCGAUUCUGAAUUUUUGAUAUCAUAUAAGAUGGAACGAACAAAAUAGCGAGAGGAAUGUGAAUCAUGUGAUAAUGUAGAUAUUAAUUUUCUGUUCAACCGCAUUUUGCAGCUUGGGAUAGGCUAUCAGCUCUUGUUGCAUAUUGAAAAAAGGGUAGCUGAAAUUUUCUUAGUGUUACUUUGGGAUUCUUGAGAGUGGCCUUACCGAUUAGUACAAGAAUUGGCAUCACCCCUUUGUUUGACAUGUCCAAUUUCAAAUCAACUAUAUACUUCAUCGAGCCUUGGUCGUUGGAGGUUUACUCA